UAGUUUUUAAAUCGAACAGUUUCCAUAGCAACUUUUGAAUUUUUGAUCAUUUGAAACAAAUACAUUAUUUCUUAACACUCAUACAGUUUUACACAUUAAAGUACAAAUAAUAAAUUAUUAGAUUGUUUACCACCUAGAUACAAUUACAGCUAUUCAAACCCAUUUUCAGUUACGUUUCGGGCCUAGUCAUGCAGUCCAAUAAAAUGGGAAACAGAAGCGAAAGGAAGCAGGAACUACCGUGCAAAUCUAUGCCAAAUCUUUAUAUAGAGCCCGACGGUGAGGGCGAAUCUUCGCUUAACCCGUACGCCUUGGAGUUUAUUCCAUCGUAUCUAAAGGGCGGUAAAAAUGAUAAUAAUAAAAAGAAUUUGAGUUGCCAAAAGAAACAGUUGAAAACAGAGGCAACAUCUACGACCACGCUGGCUCAGCGUGAAUUUGUGGGCGAUGCAUCCUAUUUGCAGGCCCAGAGGCAGCUAUUCGAGCUAUUGCAUCAACUGGGAGACAAGUUUAUGCCAUUAAAGGCGAUCAAGUUGAGUCUGGCCCCGGAUGGCCAGGGUAUCAAUGUUCAGUUUAAGGGAGAGCAUGGUGUGACUGGUAAGCAGAUGCUGGACGAAAGUCUUUGCCAGAACUCGGCGCUUCAUUUGGAAAUAAGCGACCGCUCCUUCAUGCCAAGAAGGCUGCCCAAUGUGUUGGCCGCCAAUUUUAUGGUCCGCAUGGGCGAUGUUCUCAACGAUAAAAUGGAGUGGAAUGAAGAGUGUUCAAGCCGUCCGGCAUUCGACCAACAGUCAGCUAGCAAGCAAUUAAUUGAGACCAAGCCUUUAAUAGAGAGCAAACCCAUGCCGGAGAUCAAGCGCAAGUCCUGCUCAGUUUCUGCCAGCAAGGACAUGCAUAAUGUUCAUCAAAUAAUUGCCACCACAACAGCGGCAAGGGAAACAUUGCCAAAGAAGCAGCAGCCAGAACCUCUCCAUCUGAAUGGCGUUCGUACCACGCUUGCUAGACCAAGCAUUGUUAGCAAAGUGCACCAUUGUGUCAACACUGGCAAUUGGAACAGUUUGCCGACAGGCCGUUCCAAAACGGAGACGCGUCAAAAAAUAGUGAACAUUAAGCAAGAACCCAAAUACGAAAAAAAAUCGAAUAAGGGUAUCCACACGCCCCGACAAAGCCUAGGACAGAUCAUAAAGAAAGGCCUGACGACUGGUGCCCAGAAAUUCGCCCCACGGAGCACGUACACUUCCCAAAUGCGCCAGUCACAGGUGCAAAAGGUAAGCCAGCGUAUGAGUCUCUUGAAAGCGACUAACAAUUAGAACUUGACUGAAAUUUAAUAUAACUAUGUACAAUAUAUGCACAUAGCUAAGGGAGACUAAGGGAACUAAGGACCAGUAAAAUAAUUCUUUUAAUUUUACAGAACAGUCUUUGCGAUGUUUAGUUCUUUAAACUAAUGAAAUAUCGCAGCGUAGAAGAAUUAAAAUUUUAAUUUGCCAAUUCUGCUUAACACUAAAACAGGACAAAUAAAGGGAGAACAAAUUAUACUCAUUUUGUUUAACAAA